CGGCCGGGUUAGUUAGGUUCUUUCAAUUGAUCAAGUAACAUCGUACAUGAAGAGAAGCGUCAAGCGCGCAGAGCAAAAGUGAAAUCAGAGUUUUUAUCUGAACUUUGUUUGUCAGUCAGAGCCGAGCAGCAAAAUAAAGUCUAAAGCACAGAGCCGCCUGAACUGAACAAAAAAAAAACACACAAGAAAAGAGAAGAGCAUAUAUAAUAUUAUUCGAGAGUCGCUAUUUUGUCACUCGUGUCUCGUCAAAUGAGCAAAGUACACACAACGUUGAGUUAUUUUGUAAAUUUUAUCAUUAUUUAGUACGGAAACAAUCUAAGUAGAGACUCGUUAACAAAUUGUCACCGAAAGUUACAAAGUUUUUUGCGUCUGCUGUGUGAACCACGGAAACAAAAGUUCUCGCGUGAUAGAUGAUCCUGGAGACCGGAGGAGCCGCCGCUGAGAAGAAAAUCGAUGGAAAUCCGCAAAGUGUAAGCGACGAAAAGUUUUGUUGUUGCAAGCGGAACAAUCGGUGAAAAAAACAACGCGAGCAAAUCGCGAAUGGUUAGGAUUUUCAAAUUUUGUUGUCCCGAAAAAUACAACACGACUGCAGAAAGUUGAAAAUCUGUUCGGGAACAUCGGCAACGGAAGGCAAAAGAAAGAGCUACACAAAUGAAGAGCAGAUUAUUUAACGCGAGGAAAAAAAGAAAUAUUUAAAAAAUUUACAAGUUAAUAAAAGAAAGUGAUAAUCAAGUGCUGUGAAUUACAAAUAAUAAAUUUUAAAUAAUAAGCUAACGUCUAAGCGAGCGAGAGAGAAAGAAAAGUCGAUACACAAGUAAAAAAGCAAAAGAAGUGAAAACAAGUCAAAAGCGAAUAAGUCAAACGAAGCGUAGCGAGCGCUGAGAAGAAGUAAAAAAAAGUUCGCGAAACAGAAGAAAAAGCACACACGAGAGCCAAGCAGAAAGAGCUGCUACCAGUGAAUUAGAUAUUCCUCGUAUUUAUGAGUGCGAAUUUUACUGCCAUCGACGAUCUGGUUGAAGAGUUUCUGAAAAUGGAACUCAUUUCCGUUCCCCAAUAUCCAGGCCAAUUGGGUUAUCUAGGAUCAAACAAAGUCAACGAUUUCCGAACCCCGUUAAUGCCGAUUCCGGCUAGUACCAACAAAAACACCAACCAGCGCCAUCAGUCACAUCAGCAGCCAGCCAGUCAGCAGGUCAGCAGUCAGCGGAGUCAAAAUCAACAGCACCACCACCACCAUCAUCACCAUCACCAUCUCCACCACCAGUCAGCCCAAGAGAACCAGUUGCAGGAACCGACGACGAUAGCCCUAACCGCUUCACCCCACGAAGAUGCCCUGCAAGCGCUGGCCGUCCGACUCGAGUCGGAGCUGCGCACUGCCAAACGGCGGCAUUUAGUCUGUACCGAAGUAUUACUCCCGGCCGAUCUGCUCCCCCAGAUAGCGUCCCAGAUGUUCGAGCUGUCGGAGAAGGAGCCCUGCGGAAUCCGCGGAUGCACGGUCUACAUCGAGUUCGAGGACGAGCCGGACAAUAGCAGACGGAUCGCCACGAUGAAAACCGACCCCAUGACAGUAUCCACCUUCGAACUGUAUCUCACACUCAGGCAAGACAGGAGCGGUUGGAGGUCCAUCUUGCCGCAGUUUCUGAAAAAUCUGGCCCGUGGCAGCACGAUAAUAAUCAGUCCCGAGUUUGCGUUAACCAAGAACAAACUCUACCACGCGUACUCCGACUAAAAGUUGCAACAGCAACAGUGCAACAGCUCCAACAGCAAUCAACGCUUCUGUCUACGCCGCCGCCACCACAGUAGCAGCCGCCGCCGCCCAUCACCACCGGGUGUCGCUAGCGGGUGUGUCACGCAAGGUACACGACGAGAUCAAGGUAGGAACGAAUUUUGCAACACUCUUUCCAACAACAACAACCGCGUGCGUUUCGCUCGCCCCGCCGAACUCAAAGUCAAUCUGUCAGUCGCGGCGGGGUGACGCUGCGCUUUACGCUGUUCCCCGCCGGGGCGGGACACAAGAUGGUUUUGGUUUUCGAGUAUUUUAUAAAUAUUUGAAAUGACCGCCCGCACCCGCAACAACCGGCAACAACCCCCCCAGCAGGGCGCGACAACAGGCAACAAAAUAAUAACGAUACAACAACCCAAGUGAUGUUUAUGUGUAGAUAAUGCGCUAACGAACAAACAAACAAACAAACAAAUAUAUAUAUAUAUAUAUAUAUAUAUAUAUAUAUAUAUAUAUAUAUAUAUAUAUAUAUAUAUAUAUAUAUAUAUAUAUAUAUAUAUAUAUAUAUAUAUAUAUAUAUAUAUAUAUAUAUAUAUAUAUAUAUAUAUAUAUAUAUAUAUACAUAAAUGUAGCAAGCAAAAAACAAAAUAAGAAAUUCUCUCUCUCAACAAUAUCUUUCUUUUGGGUUUUUCUUUGUUUUCAACCUCGUUUGUGUAUUUGGCAAACAGGAGAUGGACACAAAAUAAAGACCCCCCAACAAAAAAAAAUAAAGAUUAACGCGUCGCGCGCCAUCGUGAGAGUUUUCUGUGCAUGUGACGUUUAUAAAAAUUUGUGUAUUUAGGAGUUUGAAUAAGAUGCGCGGUCCAAGAUUAGACAGAAAUCUUUUUCCGUUUUGUUGUCGCGCAUGAACAAAAAAAACAAGCCUUGAAAAAAAACAUGUUAUGAAAAUUGCAAAAUCACACAAUCCAAAAUAACAAAAAAAAAAAGAGCAUCCACAAUAGUAAUUUGUCGUAGUUGUCGUCGUAAUUAAAAAUAAAAUGGAAAGAGAACCGCGAGCGCGAGUGAGAGAGAGAGAGAGCUAAAGAAAGAGUAGAGAGAGGCAGCCUGUGUAGUAGAUAUGUUUUUCAAAUUGAAACCGAACUUUGUGAUGAUUUCCUAGUGAUUUUCAAAUUCGACCUCUGCUCCCCGGGUCCCAGAUCACCGGGUCCCCCCGCGGGAGCAAAGGUUUUGUUAAGUUUUUCUCUCGUAUGAAGAAAAAUUAAAAUCAUAGAAUACUAAAAAAUUACACAGCAACAGCAAACAAAAAAAAAAGCGCAAUCGUGAUCGUGAAAUUUAAGCAAACAAACAAAUUGUGGAUCAAAACACACACCCAUUUUUUCUGUUAUAUUCGUAUUCGUUUUUGGCUCUAGGAUUUUCAAAUUGAUGAUGAAACGCGAUCAAAAAACACACACUUGAUGUUAGGUGAGAAAGGGGAAACAAAUUAUUAAGAGCGGCUUUUUGAUGCUCUCCAACAAGCUUCGUUAGAGUGAGAGAGCGUAAAGCGAGAUGGGGCGAAGGGAGACAGAAGAGACGAUAAGAUAGCACAGAAACCGAUAAAGCAUUUGUGAGUAAUCUUUUAAGAUUUUUGUAAGGCUAAGGCAGGAAUCUGUUUUUUUUUUUUGAAGAAGAAAAAGAUUUUUUCUCGUCUCAGAAUCCGAUUUUUUUCUCAUUGUGUAUAAAUUAUUGAUUAAUCAAUAGUUGAUAGCGAGCCGCAGCCGGCAAGAGAAGGGCGGCCGGACGAAUAUAACUUGUUUAUCAGUUGUGAUAUUUGAGCUAAUUAAGGAUCCAAUUCUGUUCUCUUUAUCUAUGUACGAGCGAAAAAAAAUAGAGUAACGCACGCAACACAACAACACGCAGAGAAAAAAAAACAGCGUUGCGAAAGCCCAAUAUUUUCUUUUUUCUUCUGCAAACUUCUUUUGUUGAUCUCAGAUUAAAUAAUCAAGUAGUAGAGUAAUAAUAAAACAACAGGAGAAAACACAACAGUAACAGAGUAGGUGAAUCAAUAGAAACAAACAAUUCGCAGCUUUUCGAUAUUUGCAAGCACUGAUCUCCUGAUGAUGUGAGUGAAAUAUAUAGGUGAGGGGAGAGAGGGUUAUGAACAAAAAAGAGCAAUUUUUCACACGCGGAUAUAUCAAAGGCUAACCAACAAAUUAGAGAGGCUGGUGGAGUGAACCAGAAAAAGUAUCAUUUCCUACCGUAAAUCCUUCUAACAAAUCAAACACACACACAUGGAUCAAAUUUUCGCUAUCAAGUCGAUCUUUUAUUAUUAUUAUUACUAUUACACUCAUUGUUUGUUACAUCAGUAAAAAAAGUAUAUUGAAUAAUCGCUAUGUGUUUGUAGUAGUUAUCAACAAAUCAUUAAUCAAUAAUAUGUAAAGAAAACAAUUGCAAAAAUCAUAAACAACUGGAGAAUACUUCGUGUAAAACGUGCGAUAAAACACACACAUAGGAGAAACCCAAUAAUAAUAUAUAAUAGUGAUUUUCUUUUCAAAAUUUUUAACUUUGUACUCGUGUUUGACAGGAGUACAAAAUAAAACAACUAUAACAAGAAAAAAAUAACAAAAAAUCGAAAGCGACGAUAUAAUGUUCUUCAAUAUUGGAAUGUGUGUCAUGAAGCCAACUUUUUUCCUUUGACCCCCGUUCCAAUGCGACGCAGAAUCCGCGAGGGGAGGGAAGAAUCGAGUCCGGAGUCAACGGAGAAAAUUUCCCCCCUUCCGGGGAAAGUUCUCAUCAAAAUUGACAUCGAACCCCGCCGAAAGCAGAGCACGCAUUUGAACAACUCCUCUUUGGAAACAUCAGCGCGAAAAACUUGAUCAGUUGAAGAUUUAACUAUUUUUGUUUUGACGUAGGAUUACGUCUUUUUUUUCUUUGGAGCGCCUAACAGUUGCGUGAAGUGGUUUGUCCCACCCCUCGUAACAUUAUGCGCUGCAUGGGGAUGGAGGUGGAAGGGAGAAAAUGGAAAAAACAAGCACACACAACAUAAAAUCGUUGCCUUCGAUUUCACGAGCUGUCCCACCAUUGUGAUUUUUAAGUAUAAGUUCGUAGACAGAGAAAGGGAGAGACGAGGAGAGGCCGAUCGAGUAGGAUUAAUUAGACGAUAGAAACGAAGGGGGCGGGUGGCGGGUGGAGACGUGUUUGCGUAACCCUCGCCCCCACCCCAUCAUUUGUCAGGAGCGAAAGGAAAGCCGGAAAUUUGAUACAAUAAUAUGAUAAACAUGAGGAAAAAGGAGGUGAGGAGGAGAAUAUGUUGCAGAAUCGUGAUUAGGAUGUAAGGCAAAACAUAUUUAAAGAAACAAAACAUGGAAAACAAAACCACUCUAUUAUGAGGAUGAUGCAUUAUUAUUACCGGCAAACAAGUGGAAAAUGAAAUGUUUGAUACAAAAAUAUUGUGUGUGUGUUUUUCUAUAUUUAUAUAAUAUAUAUCGUAACAAAAGUAAGAAAAAAAAAUAAAACAAAAAAUAAUUUAGACAUACUAGGAUUUUCAAAUUUAAUAAAUUAUUGCAGACAAGUAACGAUUUUUUAAAAACAAAAACAACCCACAAAACAAAACUAAAAACAUCCACUCUUCGCUUUUGUUUACUUAUUGUAACUAACCAAUCAAGCAAAGCGCCCCCCGUACUACUAGCAUAUAGAUACAGCAAGCAACCGAACAACAAA